AACAAAGCAGGGACAGAGCUGAAAAGAUGGGAGCGGGAACGCAAGAGCCGAAAACCGAAGCCGGAAGCGUGCAGCUUGCAAAGCUGUCUCCCUACGUUAGCGCCCAAACCCACCGAGAAACAGAAACCAACCAAAAAUGGAAGCUUGCAAAGCUUUAAGCGCUCCCUCCCUCCCCUGCUCCUUCCAUAUCUCAUACCUCCUUCCACUGUCACUCUAUCUCUCUCUUUCCAACGGACCAGGGUUCGACGGGGGCGGGGCGGCAGAGGAGGAGCGGCCGCUGAAGGUGGCGUUCGAGUCCCCCGCGGAGCACUUCACGGACGCGGCGCCGAUCGGAAACGGCAGCCUCGGCGCCAUGGUCUGGGGCGGCGUCGCCUCCGAAAAGCUCCAGCUCAACCAUGGCUCUUUAUGGACCGGUGUGCCUGGAGACUAAACUGAUACAAAAGCACCUGCUGCCCUUGCGGUGGUCAGGAAGCUGGUUGAUGAAGGAAGGUUCCUUGAAGCCACCGCCGCAGCCUCGGGGCUUACCGGUGGCUUGAACGAGGUACGCAUGAUGUGAGCUUGCCAGUUGUCAUUGUGUUCUGUUUUGCGCAGCAGAACAUGUUACUGAUUGUUCUGUUGCGCUGAUGCAAUGUAUUGAUUAUUUUGUUAUGGUGAUGCAAAGCCUUGCAAUGGACCAAUUAUACCUUUAUAAAAAAUAUAGCAUUUAUACUUGAA